GCGUCACGGUUUGCAACGUCAUUAAUGUGCGCAGAGCUGAGGUGGCGUUUGAGAGGAGCUUAAAGGCUGACACGUUGCUAUUGCAGUGUGCUAAAGCUAAGCUAAUUCAGGUUCUGUCAGGUUCUCUCGUUGCUCCCCUGAAAUCCUGUCGGCAGUUUUCAUCAUGACCAAACUCCUGCAGUGGCUGUUCGGUGUGUCGCUGCUGGGCGCACUUUGGGCUUUGGUCACUUUCGACCUGUUGGACCUGAGCCUCCCGCAGACUUACAGAGAGGUCGCCUGGCCGAUGCCUUUUUAUCUGCUGGUUUCGUUUGGCUGCUACUCCCUAGCCACUGUGGGAUACAGGGUGGCCACUUUCAAUGACUGUGAGGAGGCGGCGAAAGAGCUACAAGAACAGAUAAAAGAAGCUAAAGGGGACUUGAGGAGAAAAGGUUUAAAAAUAUAGAGCCUAAAAAUGUGAUUAUGUGGAAACCUUUGUGACUGAGAGCAGGAAACCGUGCACUGUUAUCUCACACACACACACACCAGCGUCUAUUCCUAAAAAGGGGACUUGCUUAGGCUGUGUGAAAAGUGUUUGAUGAAACUGACCCACGAACUGACAACCUCUUCAUCGUUUUGAGCAGACAUCAUCCUGAACAUCAUCCACGAUCAUACUUUGUCAAGUGGCUAUUUAUCCAUAAUGUUUCAGAAAAGGAAAGAUCCACACUGCUACCUUUUCAUUUUAAAAUGUGUAACUUUUACUGCACAUGUGGCAUCCACGUUACCUCACCAUCUUAGGACUCUUAGUUUAAAAAUUGCUGGACAGGCAUAAACAUUUUGGAAAUGAUGACAGAGAAGCCAGCACUUGCUUUCUGAUUGGGCCACAAAAAUUAAUCCAAAACAUAUCAAGGCUUGAAUACUUUCUUCAAAGCCUUGACUUCCUGAAUAGUGCCCUGACUUCCUUAUGCUUUUGUGUUAUGUUCAGUCACACUUACAUUUGACCAUGGGUCCAACUAAAGAAAUCUUUGGUCUUUUUGCCAUUGUCAUUGUUCCUCUGCAGUAUUUUCAACCUUCUGAUUGGUGCCCUUGCCCAGUGUGUGUAAAUGGUAAUGUAAUGUUGUGAUUUUCAUUUACAGGCAUUUAAUGUAGGCAAAGAUCAUUUCUGAAACUGGGUGUUUUCCUGGGGUAAUGCAUAAAUGGCAAAAAAGGGUUUUCUAGCAGAGUCCAUGUCCAGUCUAAUUUUUGCUCUAAUCUGUUUGUAAUACAUUGUUUGACUGAUUAGAUUUUCUUUCUGGUGUAAGAUGUGCUAAACAGUGAACACACGUGGUGUCUUUUGCUGUUAACAUUUGCUUUCAUGUUACUUUUUAUGCUAAAUUAUCAUCUGUACCUAGUUGCUGUUCACUGAAAUGCCAACAAACGGUCACAUCGCAACAGUCUGAUUAAAGACGGCUUCCACUGGAAAAUCUCAGAUGCUUUCAAUCAGCCUCGGCUCCAAAGUAGCGCAACAUAUGCUGGACCAUGUUGUGUGUGUCUGGAGAUUGUUGCCUGUCACUGUAGGAGGUCUAGAUUUUAUCUGUAAGGGAAUGUACAUUCCAUUGUCCAGUUUGAGACAUGUACCCUGAAGGUAUUGCUGAGAAUUAAAUCUAUUUUCCUCAGUUUU